ACCACUCGAGGAUGGAGGUUGUGUCGGAGAACGUGCUUCUUGCGGAUAAGAUUGCACAGCUCAUUGCUGCAACAAAAGGUGACCAUGCGACGUGGGAGUCGACGGCCGACCCGGAUGACGCCGACAUGAUUGUGGAGAGCUCCGGGUGGCAAAUUAUGCGCAAGGACAACACGACCGUGGCCGCGGUGGCAGAGCAGGAGCUGGAGAUUGUAGAGAUGGAUACAGACAAGACGUGGUACAAUGACUACUUUUUCGGCAAGCCGCAUGUGACGUUUGUGGGGAAGGACAAGGCUAUGGGAGCGCUGGUGAUCUCUGUGGUGAAGGAGGAUUUUGGCGACGACUUUCACUUUCGGGUCCGGGUCCUUUCGCAGGCCGGGCGGCAGCAUGUGCUUGUGAGCUCGGACGAUGUGAACGUGAAAAACAAGGAUCUGAACUCCAAGAUGGCGCGCAAGGUGGUGAACGUGGCGCUGCCUGCACUGGAGAAGAUGGCGCUCAAGGUGGCGGACGAUGAGAAGUUCUGCAAGCGGCUGGCGACGCACGAGACGUCCGAGCUGGUGACCAAGUACAAGUUUGGCCUGCUGUAUGUCAAGGACGGGCAGACGGUGGAGGAGGACAUGUUUGCCAACGACGGGUAUGUGAUCGACCACUCCCCCGAGUACCAGGAGUUCUGCGACUGGUUGGGUGACACGAUCGAGCUGCAGGGAUGGGAAGCGUACCGGGCCGGGCUUGACGUCCGCUCGGGCGGCACCGGGACAACGUCGAUCUACACGCAGUGGCGCCACUUUGAGGUCAUGUGGCACGUCGCCACCAUGCUCCCGUACUUUCCCACCGACGUGCAGCAACUUCAGCGCAAGCGUCACCUUGGCAACGACAUUGUUAUGGUGGUCUUUGUCGAGGGCUCGACGCCGUACGUCCCGACUUGUGUUUACUCGCAGUUCAACCACGUCCUGCUCAUUGUCCAGCCGGUGGACAAGGAGCUGACCGGCGGACGGACGUGCUACCGCAUGUCAAUGGCGUGCAAGUCGGACGUCGGCACGUUUGGACCCAAGCUUCCGCGCCAAAAGUACUUUGAACGCUCGCAAGAUCUCCGCAACUGGCUCUAUGCCCGUCUCAUCAACGGCGAGCGGACCGCUAUCCUCAACGCUGCCGGCUUCCGCAUGACUCGCGAGCGGACCGCCCAGCUGUGGCUCGCUGACGUCUGCAACGACUUUGGCAUUUCGUAGUUUCUUGCUUCCAGCCACAUACAUCAACCGCCCAACCAGCCCGCC